CUGGAAGGGGAACUUCCCUUAGAGCAUUGCACAAUGAACUGGAGGCCAGCUCUCAGCUUAGCCCUGCUGUGGGCAGUGUGGCUAGUGUGUGGCUCUGAGAAGACUGGGGGGCUACCACAGAGAGGGAGCCAUGGAGUUAGGAAAGUGCCCCUGGCUAACAGGGCUCCGAGCAGCCUCCUGAGAAGGUAUGGAGCAUCCGUGAGGAGUAUGACCCCAAAUCCCCUACACCCUGUCACCAAAAGGGAUUCUUCAGCACCUCCAAAGGCACCUGCUGAUCUCACACAAGGGGAAGCCCGUUCCCAGGCCAGGGGCAUGGGGACCAGAAUGAGACGGGUACAGAGACUCACAGCUGCAGCCAAAUUCCCCAAGUCCGAGAUGAUUAAGGACGAAGGGAUAUCAUCUGCCUCCCAGUCGCGGGUGGUACGUUUCCCUUCGGGGUCAAGUUCUCCCAAUGUCCUGGCCAGCUUUGCUGGGAAAAAUCGAGUGUGGGUCAUUUCUGCCCCCCAUGCCUCUGAGGGCUACUACCGGCUCAUGAUGAGCCUGCUGAAAAAUGAUGUUUACUGUGAACUGGCCGAGAGGCAUAUCCAGCAGAUUGUGCUGUUCCACGAAGAAGGGGAAGAAGGGGGAAAAGUCAGAAGGAUAACCAAUGAAGGAAAAAUCUUGGAGCAGCCACUUGAUCCUGCCCUCAUCCCUAAGCUCAUGAGCUUUCUGAAACUGGAAAAGGGGAAAUUCGGCAUGGUGCUGUUGAAGAAAACUCUGCAGGUGGAGGAAAGGUACCCUUAUCCAGUCAGGCUAGAGGCCAUGUAUGAAGUCAUUGAUCAGAGUCCAAUCAGAAAAAUUGAGAAGAUGAGGCAGAAGGGCUUCAUCCAGACUUGCAAAGCAGCUGGAGUAGAGGGACAAGUGGUUGAGGAAGACAAUAAUGGGGGCAGCACCCAGCCUACCCCUGGUGGUGGAAAUGGCCAGGUGUCAGCAAGGAAGGAUGAGCCAAGGAAGAGCAAUAAUCAGCCAACAAGGACCAAAUCAGUGAGGAAACCAAUAACAACCACAGUUGCCACUCCUCUACCUACAGUAAGGACCACUACUCUCCCUCCCACCACCACCACUACCCGUGCCACCACCCGUGCAAUGACAACAGCAAGCCGGUCUACGACAACAACUACAUCCCUCCCCACCACACAGAGGACCUGGACCCCAAAGUCACACACCACCACAGAGUACCACAGGCUGUCAGUAGCCCCUGAUGCCACCACACCCCGAGUCACAACCUCUGAGGAUUUCUACUCUCCUGUGUGGAAGGCAAACCGCAGGGACCGGCAGCGCGGUCACCCAGAGAAGCAGCCAGCAGCCACACGGAAACCAAACAAAGCCACCCGCUAUGACAGCUUCACAGAAGUCCCAACAGCUCCAUCGGUGCACUAUACAAAGGCAAAUGUGGGUAGAUUUAAAGAUAACCGAACAGACAGAAAGGUGUAUAACCACAGGGACCUGAAUGUCACACCAGGGCAGCACAAGCCAAGUAAGACUAAACCACCAAAAAAGAAGGCCCAAGAAAAGAUACUGAGCAAUGAAUAUGAACAUAAAUAUGACUCGAGCAAGCCUGCUAGUGUCAACUUAGAGGAAGAGUUUGCAGUGGGAAAUAUUCCCCCAAAGAAAGGAAAAGAAUCAAAGAAACAUGACCGAAUUGAUAAACCAGAGAAGAAGAAGAAGAAGGACAAGCUGCAGAAGGGUGAGAAGCAGUCCAAGAAGGACAAAGCUGAGAAAAAGAGCAAGCAGGACAAAGACCGUAGCAAGAAGAACAAGAAGGGAAGCAGGACUGAGAAUGAGGAUUUCCCCAAGCCCAACAAGAAGCUUUUCCUACAGCCUCCCAGGAAAUCGGUGACUGAUCUCCUGGAAUACUUUGAAGGCAAAAGGCGGCUUAUCCUGAUCACCACCCCCAAGGCAGACAACACCAUGUAUGUACAGCAGCGAGAUGAAUACCUGGAAAGCUUCUGCAAGAUGGCAACGAGGAAGAUCUCAGUCAUUACAAUUUUUGGCACCAUGAACAACAGCAGCAUGAAAAUUGACCACUUCCAGCUAGAUAAUGAAAAGCCCAUGAAAGUGAUAGAGGAUGAAGAUCUUGUGGACCAGCAGCUCAUCAAUGAGUUGAGAAAAGAGUAUGGGAUGACCUAUAAUGAUUUCUUCAUGGUGCUGACAGACAUUGACAUGAAGGUCAAGCAAUACUAUGAAGUACCCAUAGCAAUGAAGUCCGUGUUUGAUUUGAUAGACACCUUCCAGUCACGAAUUAAAGACAUGGAAAGACAGAAAAAAGAAGGUAUUGUCUGCAAAGAAGAUAAGAAGCAAUCCCUUGAGAGCUUCUUAUCCAGGUUCCGAUGGAGGAGGCGGCUGGUGGUGAUCUCUGCUCCCAGUGAUGAGGACUGGGCUUAUUCCCAGCAGCUGGCUGCUCUCAGUGGACAAGCCUGCAAUUUUGGUCUGCGCCAUAUAACUAUCCUCAAGUUGCUUGGAGUUGGAGAAGAUAUUGGUGGUGUCUUAGAGUUGUAUCCAAUUAAUGGAAGCUCUACUGUGGACCGAGAAGAUAUCCCAGCUAAUUUGGUGAAAGACAUUCGAAAUUAUUUCCAAAUUAGUCCAGAAUAUUUCUCCAUGCUUCUAGUUGGGAAAGAUGGAAACGUCAAAUCCUGGUAUCCUUCUCCAAUGUGGUCUAUGGCAAUUGUGUAUGAUCUGAUUGAUUCCAUGCAGCUUCGGCGACAGGAAAUGACCAUUCAGCAGUCGCUUGGCAUGCAGUGCCCAGAUGAUGAGUAUGGUGGGUAUGGUUACCAUAGCUACCACCAGGGAUACCAGGAAGGUUACCAAGAUGACUACCGUCACCACGGAAGUUACCACCACGGAUACCCGUACUGAAAAGAGCAACUUAGCCUCCGACUGCCUUGUGUCUGUCUUCUAAUAGCUAUCCAAGCAAUAGGUGGCCAGCUGCAGAAUGUCUUCCCAGGCCACCUAGAUAACAAUGCCUCCUUCUCCCACUGUUCAAUCAAGGGACUUGGGUCAAUUUGCCUUCUCAAAAACGCAGAAGCCUUUACAGUGAAGCAAUCCAAACCAGUACUAUUGAAGCUUUAAACAAUAAAGACUCCUUUAUAUUUUUAAGCCUUUAUAAACAAAGAGCAUCAGCAGGUGCUGUUUGUAUUAAAACCAAACAAAAAAAACCCCACAGCCCCAGUCCAUGGACACCGCUGUAGGGCAGGACAGAAACUGUCCAACAGAUAUUGCAAUGCUCUUUUUAGUAUUUUUUUUCUA